AUGCGCCCGCGAGACGCGCACGCACUCCUCCUCCUGCUGCUGGUGCGGGCCGCGGUCCCGCAGGGGCUACAGCCGCGGUCCCAUUCUCUGCACUACCUCUUCAUGGGUGCCUCAGAGCCGGACCUUGGCCUGCCACUGUUUGAGGCCUUGGGCUAUGUGGACGACCAACUGUUUGUGUCCUAUGAUCAUGAGAGCCGCCGUGCUGAGCACCGGGCCCCGUGGGUCUUGAACAGAACAUCAAGCCAGUUGUGGCUGCAGCUGAGUCAGAGCCUGAAAGGGUGGGACCACAUGUUCAUUGUUGACUUUUGGACCAUCAUGGACAACCACAACCACAGCAAGGAGUCCCACACCCUGCAGGUGUUCCUAGGCUGCGAGGUGCAUGAGGACAACAGUACCAGAGGGUUCUGGAAGUAUGGAUAUGAUGGGCAGGACUACCUUGAAUUCUGCCCUGAGACACUGGACUGGAGAGCAACAGAGCCCAAAGCUUGGGCCACCAAGGUGGAGUGGGAAGUGCACAAUAUUCGGACCAAGCAGAACAAGGCCUACCUCGAGAGGGACUGCCCCAAGCAGCUGCAGCAGUUCCUGGAGCUGGGAAGAGGGGUUCUGGAACAGCAAGUGCCUCCUUUGGUGAAGGUGUCUCAACAUGUGGCCUCUGCAGUGAGCACUCUACAGUGUCAGGCUUUGAACUUCUACCCCCAGAACAUCAUCAUGAGGUGGUUGAAGGACAGGCAGCCACUGGAUACCAAGGAGGCCAAGCCUACUGAUGUGCUGCCCAACGGGGAUGGGACCUAUCAAGGCAGAAUCACCUUGGCUGUGGUUCCUGGGGAAGAGCAGAGAUAUACCUGCCAGGUGGAGCACCCAGGCCUGGAUCAGCCCCUCAGUGUCACAUGGGUGCCGUCGAUGUCUAACACCCUGAUCGUUGGAGUCAUCAGUGGGGUCACUGUUUGUGUCAUCAUUGUUGGAAUUUUGUUCCGAACCUUAAGGAAGAAGCAGGCUUCAAGAGGAGCCAUGGGGGACUACGUCUUAGCCGAAUGUGAGUGA